AUGAUGUUUCUUUUCAGCAGAAAAUCUGCUUUGAAGACGCAGACAUCAACCCUCAACCUCGACAACAAAUUUCAGCCUACAAACGACGAGCAAGUCGUCGUAUCACCGUCAGCUGUACAAGAGAUCAGCCAGGAGAGUGGGGAGCAGGUUAGGAAUGAUGAAGAAUCAGCACCAGUGGCACCGACUAUGGAAUCAUCGGUAUCAAAGGGACCUCCUUCCCCCUUCAAAGGCCUCCCACCCAUUCCGGACGACUCUGAGCUUGGGUUUAUAGCCAUAGAUAAACCCAGCUCUUCGACUCUCCCACUGCUAGAGAAACGAGCUCCGAUUGUAGGUGCAUCAUUACCAAGAGGCAGCAUUCCUUCUGGGUCGUUUCUACACAAUCUAGCCGCUCUAGAGAUAUCGGAAGUGCCACCUCUUCUCGAGGCAAGGCAAGAUACCAUCACGGCAGCGAGCAAGCCACCACCCUCACCCACACCUUCCACCCAGCCCACGGAAUCUCCAACCGCCCUCUUUCCACCUACGCCAUCGAGCUCUACAGACCCAGACGAUGAAGAACGACGACGUCGGCGGCGUCGACCCCAGAACAGCACAUUCGCGAUGCUGCAGUCCAUUGCAGAAUCUGCCGAUACGCUCUCCCCUCCUCCUUAUACCCCUUCCGUUCCAUCUCGUCAGCUUCGCUCUGAGCUAUUGGAAUCGCCGGCAUCGUACAGAAACAGUGCUUACAGCGUGGACGAAGAUGUUGCUAAGAAGAUCGCGGAGCGGGCAAAGUUCAGGCGAAUUCAGUCCUUACAAGACAUCAACGUCAAGCACGGCAAGUCGAAGUCAGAGAUUGCUCGUCCUCCGGUUCCUGUUCUAGCUCUACCUAAACCAUCUCCACACCAAAGAGGUCAAUCCGAACCUGUUCCUCCACUCGUUGCCGUCCCGGCAAUUCCUUCGACCAGGAGGCCCGUCCCACCACCUCCCAUCCCAUCCCCCAAGAUCAAAGUAGAAGUUCCCGCAGACGAUUCCUCGUCACUGGAAUCUCUCCACCAUCAGCUGAAUGAAGCAUUGCACGAAUUGCAAGAGUCUAGAGAAGCCAACGAAUGCUUGGCUCUCGAUCUCGAGAAGGAACGAGAUCUUCGCUUCAAACAGAAGACUGACGACGCGACGCAGCAGGCUCGUUCCGCGCAUAUGGAAGCAAGCAUGCAGGGUCUUCAGACACGGCUCGAUCGGGCCUUGCGAGAACUCCGAGAUUCGAGAGAGGCCAGCGAACAGCAUCGACAAGAAAACGACCGUCUUGCGAAUAUGUACAAGCAGCGAAACGACCAAGCAAACCAACUGGCAGUAGAAAAGCUCAGGCUGUCCGACAGGCUGGCCCAAGUCGAGGCCGAGCUCAAAGACUCGAAGACCCAGGUGAUGAGCCUGAAGAAGGAAAAGCAAACGUGGCAGGAGCAGCUCGACACGAUGCACCACAAGAUGGUUAGUGCGGAGCGGCGAAUGCGGUACCUCGACCACAUCUCACAUGCCAAGCUCGAUGCACGGCAGGACGGGGCGCUCGGGACUACGGGACGGAGCAAAUUGCUUGCGAACUCGAGGGAGAUGAGUGGCGAGGUCCUCUCUGCGGUCGUCAAGUUUAAUGAGGAGGUGUUGCAGACAGCGAGCUUGCUCGCGGAGAAGCUGGAGCGGCUGCCUAAUAGCAGGUCGGUGUUCAUCAGUUCCAGCCCGACGAGGACGAAGCAAGUCCUGGGUGAGAAGGUGCUAGCCUUGCUAGAGGCGCAGGGAAGGGAUAGAACCUCGAAGAUCCACUUACUGCUGAUGCAGACCGUGCUGGAGGUCUUCUUUGUCCAUUGGUCCCUUGCUAUCAUUGAUGCUUCAUACCCAAAGCAACAGACCUUCGCGGAUGUGCUGGUUGAGCUCUCUUCAGAACGGACGAUGUUUGCAUCUAGUUCAGGAACCCAGAUUCUUUGUGGAAGGCGUGUCCAGAUCCUCCAACCCGAGGUCAAGACACCAAGCUUCGAGAACUGGGCUGUGGACGUCAUUGGAGACCUCAUUCCGGUCCUUCAGACAGGCGGUGUCCAAAUGCGCUCACCAAGUAUCGGUCUGUUCACCUCCAAGAUCAAGGCCCUCAUCCAGCUCGCGUACGAGCUCCGUCUUGCGAUGGCGGAGAAGGAUAUAUGCGGCGUAGAGAUCAUGUCUUUCUCUCCGGACGCAGUGUUUAUGUCCAAGUACAUGGACAAUGCCCACGAGAUCGUCGGUAGGAAGAAGGCGCCUGUGAAAAGGACAUCAAUGACGGAGGCGGAAUAUAUUGCUGGCACCAGCGGGCUGGGCUUACAGCGUGUAGUGGGUUCGAGCAGUGGAAGUGCUUCUCGGACAAUAGUUUUGAGGUCGAGGGUUGCAUUAAUAAGUGCAUUCAGGGAGAAUGCAUAA